CUUUAUUAGAUUUUAUGUUUUUGACAUUUUAGAUAAUACUUUUGCUUUUCAUUUAGUUCUUAAUCUUGAAUUUAAACUCCUUCUGUACAUGAAGGAGCCUUAAGCAACUCACCACCAACAGAGGACUGGAUAAAGCAGAAUACGAUACUUAUAAUUCCAUGUUGCAGGACAUUUACGCAAUUGCAAACAGACUUACUCAGACUCUCCAAACAUUUUUUUUUUUUUGCAUGUUAAAUGCAUGUGGUUUGAUUUUGAAGGUCAGAAACAUUAUAUUAGAUGUUUCAUUCAAAUAAAAAAUGGAAAAUGAAGAAAAGUCCAGCAGAUGAAGAAAACUAUGAGAUUAUAUCACAUUUGGACUAUCUAAGUAAAAUUAUUUAAUGCAGGGAAUUGCAGAUCCUUCGAAGGCUAUAUCUAAAAGAAAUAAACUGUGAUCUGCGGAACCUCAGACACAGCCUAACUUUUUCAUUUUAAAUUAUUUAAUUUUAAUUAGUAGUAUAAUUUCCUGACCACUUUCUAUAAGGAUAUGAGGAUGACAAAUGGAUCUCAUGUCAUUCUUUAAUUGAUGAAAAAACUGCUGCUUGCUCAAAAAUACUUAUUUUUAUUCAUAAAAAUGACCUUUCAACCGCAUGGAUGAAAUAAGAUGAUUAUCAUAAUUUUCGCCCACAAAAAAAGCCUUAAGUCAUCAACCACAAUGUCAAGGAAUAUUCCCACUAUAAUUUCAGUAUUUGUGUUUUAAACAGGGUCAGCACAGAUAAAGAUUGUUAUAUAAAAAGUCUCAUUCAACAGAUAGAGACUAUAGUGGUCUGACAGAAGUGAUGUCCCAUUCAGAACCCUAACUGGGUUUUGAAUGACUGAGCAAACAGCUAUGAAACAUAAAAAAUGACCACAAUGCUGUCUAGCCUAAUUAAAAGAGUUGAGAGAACCAUUACUGGAAACAUGUUAGCCCUGCACCAACAUUUCCAAAGCUGCCACCAGGCCCCCGUUACUCUUAUAGAGCACGCUGUUUUCCCGCAGAUUGUCUUAUCAGCAGUAGGCAUAGCUGCACCCUGAGACAGCUGAUGGGAGGAGUCAUCUCAACUGAACUGAACCUUUUAUGUAGCCCAACAGAACCUUUACAACACCCCAACAGUCGUCUGUUUAGCACAUAUGUGUAAUGUGCUAAAGACUCAUCAGGAAUUUGUGUUUGAAGGAGUGGUGUGACUAAACGGUUCGCCUGUACACACGAGUCAAUGGAGUAAAUGCGUUGUUGGUGAUUUUUUCUGAAUUUCCUUCUUUUUCAGUGUAAUAUUUUUUUCAUGACAUGCUCUUGUCUUUCUCUGCCAGGUUGAAUUUUUGCAACAAAAGCGUCUCCUGAAUGUGUUCCACAGCCAACUAUGUUCUCCCUCUGAGGAGACCCUGUGAGCAGCCACAUCAGGCAAGUUGUGUGGGGGAGUGCCCAUGCCAACUAAUUUCCCUGGAGUGAGAUCUCAUGGAGCUCCUCAAGACACAGAGAUGGAUGUGGCUUGGCAGGAGCUGAUGGCCAUCACAGAGCUGCAGGAGUUCGAAGUCCCUACUGAAAACUCCUAUGAGACAACACAGUACCAAACCAUGGAGCCCAUGGCUUCUGUGGGAGAGUAUGGGAUGGCUCAGCCCCACUCGGAGCCCCCCGCUGCUUGUGAGCUGAGAACCGCUGAGGCUUACAAUGGAUUUUAUUCCGAAGAGGUGCCUACCUGUCAUCGUCUAGGCACCUCCACAGAAACAAUGUAUGGAAACUCUGAACCUCAGCUCCAUCAGAGAAUACUCCCGAUCUCCUCUCACCCACAGCAAUCUUUUGUGCCCCUUAGGGAGCAAACAAAUAUGUCAGGUGUCAAUCAAGGGCACAGGAGAACCAAUGCGUGUCUCACUCAGGGACUACGUGGGCACAUGCAGUGGACUGUACAUGGACAAAAUGCACACACUCGCUCCGGUGAUGACCUGGAGUCCGACUCUGGUCUGUCACUGGGUUCCAGUCCACCUUUGGCCUCUCCAGAUAAUCCUGUUGGUGGCGCACCAGGUUACCAAAGCGUAGACAUAGGAAUGGCAUAUAGUGAUGGCGAACCAGACAGCAUGACUGAGCACACAAGAAGAUCCCACCUCCAUUACUCAGCGGAUUACCAGAAUCAUACUCACUCAUAUUUACACUCAGGUGCACAUCCAGCUUAUUUUUCAGCCCAACCCAUUUUAUCUCAGCCACAGCCGAGUACUCCAACUCCUCGAUCAAUGAAACACCAGGGUUCGGCUGCAGCCUUGAGUGACCUAUACAAUGAUUCUGCAAUGUCCAGCAGAGGAAGCUCACACCUUAACAUGUACAUAAAACCCCAAGGAAGCAUCUCUACCCCUCCCCUGAGCAGAGAUGAGCGGCGGGCCUUAGCUUUGAAGAUCCCCUUCCCCAUGGAUAAGAUUAUCAAUCUACCUGUCGAUGACUUCAAUGAGCUCCUGACACAGUAUACUCUGACAGAUGCUCAACUAGCACUGGUCAGGGACAUUAGACGAAGGGGGAAGAACAAGGUCGCAGCUCAGAACUGCAGGAAGAGGAAGCUCGAAAGCAUAAUUCACCUUGAAAGAGAACUGAAUCAGCUCCAGGCCCAAAGGGAACACCUGGCACAAGAAAGGCUCGAGUUCCAGCGCAGCUUGGCAUUCGUUAAAUGUCGUCUUACAGAUCUUUACACCCAAGUAUUUUCUCAUUUGCGAGAUGAAGAUGGACAACCAUACUCGACAGAUGAAUAUUCUUUACAGCAGACACCGGAUGGUAAAAUUUAUCUGGUACCUCACACAAUGCAGAAGAGAGAGCCAUGCUGAAGAACUGGGUAGUUUCCUUACUCUGGAGAACAUUCGACCCGAUUGUACCGACUUUGACCAAGUCACACAGGAAGUUGUCAUAAGAAUGAGGUUAAGCUUCACAUAAAUGUAUUAAUGGACACUGUUCAUGUUCUUUUAAUGAAUGAAACCAGAGAUUUGUUUUUAUACAAACACUUUAUUAAAAAAAAAAGUUAAAAAAAUAAAAUCUGCACAGCAGCCUUCUUAAAAUAUUUUGAGCGCCAGCAUGAAUUUUCAGCCAACCUGUGGGGAGAAGAGAAAACUACAUUAAUUCAAAUGUAUUAUUAAAAAAUAAAUAAAAAAAUAGAUGUGUCUAUAAGUAGUAAUGUUAGUACCUGGCAAAAACCAUUGUCACAGAAAUGAGGCCAGGUUUUGGGGUCCAUGUCUCGUUACCUUACCUACAUACAAAAUAGAAAUACUGUAAGUAAAACAAUACCCCAAAAAUACAAAAUAUUUGCUCAUUUCAAAGCAUGCAAUAUGUUUGGGCCUCAAUGCACAAUUGGAGGCCAAAUUAAGUCAAAUAGUAGAAUGGUCAUAAAACUUGAUUAAAUUAUUACUGGGCUACAUAUCUCACUACCAGCUACAUGACAAAAUGCAAGAUAUACCAUCAGUAGUUGAGAAGUCUGGUCUUACCUACAAACAGCACUUAAGCCUUUUGGUAGCUGCUGCCUGCUAGACUCAGGCCUCUGUUCUCACUCUCCCCUGCUUCAAUGAUCCUGGCGAUGGUUUUGCUACUUCUCUCCCUCAGCUUGCUUCCAUGGCUAGCCUCAUAGACUUUGCAUGUAAGCUAGCAUUCUCCAGGUGAUCUUUGCAGAAAUCAGGGCAGAGCUUGUACCAAAGUGAUGGGCUCUUUCUGAUGAUGGCAUUUGCGCACCAUUUCUUUGCCCGCCCUUUAACCAGUAUUGCAUAUGCACUGACCUGAGCCAGCAUGUAGGAGACACCGAUAUUGACUUUCCCCGGCCACCUUGUGAUGUAUAUGGCUGAACCCAUUUUCACCUAAUAGUAAACCCUCCCUUUCCCAAAACCACUGAAAAGGCUAACGAGACUGUUAAAAAAACUGAAAGGUGUUUAUUUCAGCUUGAUUUGAUGCAGUUACAAAUAAAAACCAGACUUAAAGAUCUACACAAAACCUCAUUGGAAUGCUUGCUUUCCAUUAACACAAUUGACGAAAAAAGAAAAACAUAAGACAAAAUGUUUAAAUGAAGGCCCUCCAUGAUUUAUCUACUGUACAUCUCUUCUUGCAGCAGCUGUAACCUGCCACAACUCAUAGGCUGAGCAGAUUUAGGAGGUAAACCUGCAGUUGCCCUGUCACUUCGCUUGCUCUCCUCUCCUUGCUCUCCUCUCCUAAGUACUCAGUCCUGUUGAACAAUACGGAACAACAUUGUUAACUGUGCACUGACUUUGUGACCUGACAUCCAGAGUGAAUUUGUUUAAAGGUUAUCUGCACUCAAUGAUUCCCUGCUCACCACAAGCUGUUGUUUUACAUUAAAAAGAGACUCUUAAGGCAUGCUCUCAAGCUCUUACCACUUUGCCAUUUUAAAAUCGUCCUGGACGUCCACCAUAGCCGCUGUUGUUUGAGCCUCCGUAUCCACCUGGAAGCAAAAAACAAAGUCAAAACAAGAGCUCAGCAUACAUAAAAGCAUCUACUUGUGAAGUCUGGGAACUCAUACCAAAGUUCCUGCCGCCGCCACCACCACCAAAGUUGCCCUUCAUGGGGCCAAAGUUAGAGGCCUGGGGGUCGUAGUGGCCCAUGUUGUUGUAGUUAUUGCCGCCGCCACCGCCGCCUCCACCACCACAAUUGCCUGUGAUUACAGAGUUUGUAGGAUUGGUCAACCUCAAGCAAGUUACAAUUCUAGUAAAAGGCAGUGUAAUGGCAUUAUCUUACCAUAACCAUUGCUGUCAUAACCGUUUCCUCCAUAUCCACCACCCUGGUUGUAGCCCUGAUUGUAACCACGGUUACCUCCAUUAUAGCCACCAGGACCACCAGGUCCGCCUCCAUAGCCUAAAAAUAUAAGACAGCCUUAAAAUACACUGUGGAAUUUAAGAAAAGCAAAGAAAAUAGGAAGACACGACAAAACCAUGCUCACCACCAUCACCCCCGUUGCAAUUGUAAGGACCAUCUCCAUAUCGCCCCCUGCCACCUAAAUAAGAUAAUCAUAUGGUUUGCUAUCGCACAGUAUAACAAUCACUCCACUAUCAACAAAAUAAGCCGUACCUUGAUUGAAGCCCCGGUCGUAAUCGUAGGGCCUGCCACCAGUGUUGCGACCUCCUCUCAUUCCCAUACCCAUUCCUGCACUCUGCAUUUCCUGCUUUGUGAGGGCCUUCCUCACCUCACAGUUGUGAGAGUUGAUAGUGUGGUAUUUCUGGACUGUGGAGAGAAUUUUUUGUAAACAAGCCAGCCAACAAUCAAAAGUCU